CUGGGAGAUAAUGAGGACUCGUUCGACCAGUGCGACAGAUGGUGGGCCUAUUGGCCGCAUUUUUACAGUUCUGAGCGACCUUGGCUGGACCUGGCCCGAGUUUGAUCACUUCAAGCGUGCCAAUGGUCAGCUGGUCUACUUGGCAAAGCAUCCUGAGGGCUGGUGGCAGCAUGUACUUCGAGAAGACCUGCGUCGCUGGGUGUGGUCUACUGACCCUCAGUUGCUGGAGAGGAAAGAUAUGCUCGGCUCCAAGCACGGCAUAAAUUAUCAUAUUACAACGGCCAUCCUCAGGCGUCAGACCUGCGCCUACGAAGAUCUGGCUACGGAGUUGCUGCAAAAGGUUCAGAUUGUUUCCGCAUUGAAAAGAUCAAAGCACAUCGCAAAAAAGACGAAGUACCCCCAGAAGAUCUACCUGACUGGGAGGCAAACAGACGAGCAGAUGAAAGUGCUGUCCAAGCUGCACGCCAACAUAGUGUGCCAGUGGAUAUCAGACACCAACACCUGCGAGAUCAGCAUCUAUGUUAUACUUUACAGCACACAGCCACGAUGGUCUUGGCUGCACGUGCAAAGCAACUUCAAGCUAUGGGAAGAGAUACUCAUCAUGCCCGAUGCGCUCAAGCCCAAGCUAUGCAAAAUGCCGAACUGGAAGGUGCAGACCCCCAAUGGCCAGAUGAGGAUGCUGAGGAUCCUUGGGCUCAUCUCGGCAUGGACGAUGACGGUACGAAUGAAGCAAGUGAUCAGCGAGCUGCAACGCCCCAG